CCACGACCACUGCGGCGCUUUCGUUCUGCCAGAGUUGAUAUUAUUCUUAUGAGCUAGCUGAUACUACUGGAACAAAAGUCCAAGGAUGGGUGUCAAGUCACUUUGGAGCCUUGUCGAGCCCGUGGGGCGGCCUGUCCCGCUCGAGACGGUCGAGGGCAAGGCGAUGGCGAUCGACUCGAGCAUCUGGAUCUACCAGUUCCAGGCGACGAUGCGCGACCGGGACGGGCGCGGGCUCGUGAACGCGCAUGUGCUUGGGUUCCUGCGGCGGAUAUGCAAGUUGCUGUUUUAUGGCGUGAGGCCUGUGUUUGUGUUUGAUGGGGGGGCGCCGGCGAUGAAGAGGGGUACGAUUAUGGAGAGGAAGAGGAAGAAGAGCGGUGCUGCUGCGAGUCAUGCCAAGGUUGCUGAGCGGCUGCUUGCGGCGCAUAUGAGGAGGGAGGCGUUGGCGCAUGCGCGACCGCCGCCCGCGAAGGGAAAGAGUAAAGUGCCUACUGAGCCUGCACGUCUGGACGAGACCGCGGUCUAUCUGGAAGACCUGGAGGGCGACGGCCCGCCUCGCACACCGGCGAAGCCGCCUCCGCCAAAGGACGACGCGGCCUCUCCGCCCUCGUCCAAGAAGAACCGCUUCCACGACUACGACCCCUACCGCCUUCCCGACGUCGACCUCUCCGCGCGCAUCGCGGACAAAGCCCGGGCAGGCGGCGGCGCGCCCGACCCGCGCCUCGCGACCGAGGACGAGCUGCGCGCGUUCAUCGAGGAGAUGCGGCCGGAGGACAUCGACGUGGCGUCGCCCGCGUUCCGCGAGCUGCCGACGGAGGUGCAGUACGAGAUCGUGGGCGACCUGCGGCUGCGCUCGCGGCAGACGUCGCACGCGCGCCUGCAGGCGAUGCUGCGCGGCGCGCCGACGCCGCUCGAUUUCUCGCGCGCGCAGAUUAUGGGGCUGAAGCAGCGGAACGCGCUCACGCAGCAGCUGCUCGAGACGACGGACAGUAUUGGGAACGCGCAUGUGACGAUUCCGGUGAGGAUUGCGAGUGAAAGGAAUAGGGAGUAUGUGCUUGUGAAGAAUGAGGGCGCCGAGGGCGGGUGGGUGUUGGGGAUCCGCGACGAGGGGAGUUCGAGUGCGAAGCCGAUUGAGAUUGAUCAGGAUGAGAAGGUGGCGGUGGGCGGGGACGAGGACGAGGAUGAGGAUAUGGAGCUCGAGGAGGUCCCAAUUCCAGGAUCGGCCGCGAUGCACCCCAACCUGCGUGAAUACCAACAGACUAUGGCGCUCUCUGCGAUCGGCAAGCGGGCGCCCACGCAGCCUGUGAAGCCGGUACAGAGGAAGAACAGGCAGCGGUUCUUGUUCGACCUCGACGACGACGAGCUGCCAGCGUAUCAUCCUCAGACUCAGGCUCACAAUGUGGAAGACGCCGAAGAGGACGACGCCGACCUUGCCAUGGCUAUUCAGGCUUCUCUAGAUGCUCGCCAUCCGUCGCAUGCGCAAGGACCGUCCCCUUGCUCAGCUUCAGCUCCAGGGGCAUCCGUAUUUGGCACGGCGAGCUCGCUGCUGACAGGCUCUACCGCGCCUGCCGACACGCCCAAGCCGUCUUCGCCUUCCAAACGCGUGGUGCACGAGCUGUCUGAUGAGGAGGAUCUAUAUGCGACUCCUUCUCGUUUGCAGACGGCCCUGUCGAUUGGCGGCGCGGCUCCCUUCCGGAGUACCUCUGGCGAGCAUCAGGGACUCGGACGUCCGGUUUCUCAAUCGCCUCUCGCAGGCGGAAAGCCUGUAUCGCGACCGCCACCUGCGCCUACGCCUCGCCGGUCUCAACACGACGUGGUCGUAUCACAUUCUCCACCGUCGAAAAGUACCGAUGGGAUUUCUGCAAACUCAUUCACGCAAUUUACUGUCCCUGCGCCGGUACAGGUCAAUUCAGACUCGGGCAAUGACGAUAUGGAGGAAGUUUUUCCGCAGCUGCCCCACCCGUCCAACAAACCUGAAACAAAACCUCUUUCUCAGAGCCAGAUCCAAGGUCAUCAUGAUGGCCAGGCGCGCGAAAACAACUUGCCACUUCAAAAUUCGGCGCCCACCAUCAGUGGCCCCAUGCAACCCUCCACCCUCUCUCAGGCUUCCGACUCGGAAGGAUAUAUGGAGGAGGUUGAUCCGUCAGCAUAUGUCGCCCCCUGCCCCGAGCCUAUAGCAGUGGACGAGCAGCCACCCGCGACGAUUGUCGCCGGCCCUGCUUCACACGGCGUGAUCCGCCAUGCUGACGACGGCGCCUCAGAAUCAGAAAACGGGAUAAGCGGACCAGCCGUCGCUGCCGCACGUGGGAUUGAUGUCGCUGAUGGCGCCGGUGCAGUGGACAUUUUGGCGCCGUCAACGUCGAACGAUUCAAUUGAGCAUGGCGCUGUCGCUGCGGAUGAUGAUGAUGAUGAUGUUGACAAUGAUGUGGAUGUGGAUGCUCCGUCGUCACGGCGGGUCCGGGACCGAGGACUCGGAGGGAGCGGUGUCUCUGGGUCUUCUUCUUUUGUUUCCGCUUCUGCUUCUGCUUCUGCUCCUGCUCGGACACGUGCGCAGGACGCUGUAACGCCGCUUGAACGCGUCGCCGACGUUGCGGAAGAGGAAGAGUCGGACUCGGAGUCGCUCGUUAAUUGGCCGCAGUCGCCUCCGGCCAGCGGCCGGGCUGAGCUGGCGCAGGCACAGGACGGCGGGCAUGGUGCGGAAGAGCAGCACCAGGAGCAACAGCAAUUACAGCAGGCGGCGAGUGGAGCUGCCGCCGAAGCCGAGAGCUGGGACGCGGCGCAGGAGAUGGACGCACACGCGGAGGAGGGCGAGUUCGCGCGGUUUAUCUCUGACAUGAGGGGACGCGACAUCGACACUGUGCGGCGCGAGAUCGACGACGAGAUCCGGGUGCUCAAUCAGCAGAAGAAGGCCGCGAUGCGCGACUCUGACGAUAUCACGACGCAGAUGAUCUCUCAGAUUAUGCUCAUGCUCCGCCUUUUCGGUAUUCCGUACAUCACCGCGCCGAUGGAGGCCGAAGCGCAGUGCGCGGAGCUCGUGCAGCUCGGCCUCGUCGAGGGCGUCAUCACGGACGACUCGGACGUCUUUUUAUUCGGCGGCCUGCGCGUGUUCAAGAACAUGUUCAACCAGAGCAAGACCGUCGAGUGUUUCCUGCUCUCCGACCUCGCGCGCGAGCUCGGGCUCGAGCGCGACACGCUCGUGCGCCUCGCGUAUCUGCUCGGGAGCGACUACGUCGAGGGUCUACCCGGUGUGGGCCCCGUGGUGGCGAUGGAGCUGCUCAAGGAGUUUCCCGGCGCGGACGGGCUGCACAAGUUCAGGGACUGGUGGGGCAAGGUGCAGAGUGGACGGGAUAGGGAGGCGGAUAGCCAGAGCAAGUUCCGGAAGCGGUUUAAGAAGAAAUUCAAGGAUCUUUAUUUGCCUCCAGAGUGGCCUAAUCCGCAGGUGCGGGACGCGUAUUACCACCCGACCGUUGAUUCGUCUCGAGAGCCGUUCAAGUGGGGCAUGCCAGACCUUGACGCGUUACGAGAAUUUCUCCGCGAAGAGCUGAGCUGGGGCCAGAAGAAGGUCGACGACCUCCUCCUUCCGAUCAUCCAGAAGAUGAGUCGGCGGAAGCAGUCAACGACCUCGAACAAGCAAGGCAACCUGAACGUCUUCCUCGACGUGUCCUCGGGCACGGGCUCGUACGCGCCGCGCAAGCGCCAGGCGUACGGCAGCAAGCGGCUGCAGCAGGUCGUGUCCGACUUUCGCAAGGAACAGGCGCGCAAGCAGGGCGCCGCUGGUGGCAGGCCGACCAAUGCGACGCCCGGUCCCGCCGGCUCUUCGCGGUCGGGAUCGGCGGCGGCGUUUGAGUUGGGCGGCGAUGGUGAUGAUGUCGUCGGUGGUGAUGACGACGAAAGUGUGGGGGGAGAUGACGCGGAGAAGCCGCCUAAGAAGAAGCGGAGGAAGACUGCUGCUUCGGCUUCGGCUUCGGCUUCUGCGACUUCGAAGGGGAAGGGCAAGGAGAAGGAGAAGAAGGAGACGGCGAUGACGAAGGCGAAGGCUAAACCCAGGCCCAAGCCCAAACCUAGGCAGCGGAAGAACGCUGCUCCCGGUGUGGAAGAUGACGCUGCCGGUGCCGCUGGAACUUCGUUGGCCCGUCGGAAAACCAAGGGCAAGGGCAAAGCAUCGACCGUCGGUAUGAACCCCGACGCAGCAGAUCCAGACGCGGGGUCCGGGAAACGCAGAACCAACGGGCCCCGCUCUCGCCCGCAGGACAGCGAUUCUGAAGAUGAACUCGCGGGAACAGGGGGAUCGGGAAGAGGUACUGGUGUCCGCGACGACAACGACGACGAGUUCAGAGUCUCAGGCAGCGGCGCCGGUGCAAUCCCGUCUCGUCCACUCGAGGUACAGCUGAGGCCUAGAGUUGCGCGUCCCAAACCGAGGCUAGUCAGCGGCACGAAGCGGAAGAAGCGUGCGGGGCUGUACGACUCGAGUUCAAGCGACGGUGCCGGUGCCGACGAUGCGGGCUCGGUGAACUCGGAAGAGGAGGCGGAGAACUCGGACUCAUGAUGAAAACGUAGCGGCACUGACGGGUCGAUGUUGAUGCCUGAUCCUUUGAUCGAGCCGAGGGUAUGUUUCUGCUCGGUGACAGCCGUCUAUGAUACUGAAUACAAGUUCGUUGGAUUACUCAUAGCUCGAUACCGUGCCGAACUUGGUUCUUCUGGCGUAGACUUCCAGUCAGGUCCUUACGGUACUGUACGUAUGUAUACCUGAACGCCGGGUCCUGGAUCACAUUUAAUUGUUAUACUUUUGUAAUUUGUUAUUUGACAAUGAGCAGAGC